AUGUUUUUCCAUCUUUAUCAUCAACGGUUUUACAUGACGGUCGACUUUAUAAGAAAUCAACAAAAUGACAUCUUAAAAGUCAACACACAAGGUCUUCUAGCUACUGGCCGCUUAACAGCUUACGCUUUUGCGCUUCUUAAAACUAAUAUUGGAUUGGCUUUUUUUUUCUUUUCGGAUAAUUCACACGCUUCACAGAAAAGCGAAGAGAUAAUUCUUACAGCAAACAAAUGA